AUGGUCGUAAAAAAUGACGUAGAUGUUAAAAAAAAAUCAGAAGAUUUCAGAUUAUAUGAAAAAAAUAGUAAUGAUCCUAUUCAAAUUAGAGUUAAAAAUCAUUAUUAUAAACAACAUAAAUUUCAAACUGUUGAUUUUGUUAAUAAAAUGCAUAAAAAAUGGUUAGAAUUUAAUCAUGGAUCACUAGAAAUAUUAGAAUGUUUAGAUUUAUUAAAUACAUUAAUUGAUGAAAGUGAUCCAGAUACUGAUGAUGCUAAUAUAGUUCAUGCAUAUCAAACUGCUGAAAGAUUACGUAAAAUGUAUCCUGAUGAACCUUGGCUUCAUUUAACUGGUUUGAUACAUGAUUUAGGAAAAGUGAUGAGUGUUUGGGGUGAAGUUCAAUAUGCGGUAACAGGAGAUACAUAUCCAGUUGGUUGUGCUCCUGUAGAUUCAAUUGUAUAUGGAAUUGAAUCUUUUGAGGGUAAUAGUGAUUUAGAAAAUUCUAAAUUUAAUACAAAAUUAGGAAUGUAUAAAGAAAAUUGUGGAAUUGAAAAUUUAUUAAUGUGUUGGAGCCAUGACGAGUACCUUUAUCAAGUUUUAAUUAAUCAUGGUUGUACACUUCCAAUGGAAUGUCUUCAUGCAAUAAGAUUUCACUCAUUUUACCCAUACCAUACAGGAGGUGAUUACAAAUAUUUUGAAACAAAAAAAAAUAUUGAAUUAAAAAAGUCUAUUGAUAUUUUAAAUUCUUGUGACUUAUAUUCAAAAAGUGAUACAAAACCAGAUAUUGAAGAAUUAAAACCAUACUAUCAAUCACUAGUUGAUAUUUAUAUCCCUGGUAAAGUAAAUUUUUAA